AUGAUGCUGGAGUACAUUGUUGCGGCGGCGAUAUGGGGCGGCGACGACUACGUGGACGCGUGGGACGGCAAAGGCUGGUGCGACUUGACGAUCCGAGUGCAGCUCAUGGCGCAGUUUGGCAUCACCGGCUCGAUUUUCUGCAUUUUGCUCAAUUUGAUGAUGAUCUUGCUGGCCAACCGGUGGACCGAGUACUGGUUCAAUAGCAGACGCACCAAGACGGCCAUCGAGCUGUUCAGCGUGGUCGGCAAAAUGCUGAUUUUCUGCUCGCUCGUCAUCGGCGCCAUGUUCCCGCUCAAGAUCCUGUCGCUCGUGCUCAACAUGAACGGCUGGCAGCCGCAGUUCAAGCCGGACUUCAGCAGAAAGCUGUACUGGGACACGAUUCUGCGGCUGCCGUAUAACUCGUUCGACGACGCAGAACGCUGGAUCCAGAUCGCGAUGUCGGUUGUCGGCUUUGCGCUGUUUGGACUCGGCGAGGACGCCGUGUACAUGUACGUGGAUUGGCUCGAGUCGGUGCCUGGUGGCAGCCGGCUGGUGCAGAGAUGGCGCGCGUGGCAGGAGUCCCGAAAAGUGGUCAAGAAACAGAACUACAUCUCCAGAAACACCACGUCCAGCACGCAGUAUAGCACAGACUCCGGCUCGUACAAGGAGUACGUGCAGGACUCGCCGGUCUCGAGCUGGGAGCUGGACGACACCAAGUCCGGGGGCCGCAGUGCAUACGACGAUUACGUCAGCACGCCGUCGUCGCAGCUGACGACGCCGCGCGACGAGGAUAUCCGGCACGAGCUGCGGCAGGCGGAGCUGGACCUGCUGGACGAGGACAUCCGCCGCGACCUGCGCCGGAUGGGGCUGGAGUACACGGAUAUAUAA